AUGCCAUACCACACCACCUCCAACGAAGCCGUCAACGACAGCCAACGCCAACGACAGCCAGCGCCAACGACAGCCAGCGCCAACGACAACCACCGUCCACAAACCGAGGCAAAGCAGCAUCAGCCAAACUCGACUGCGAACAUCAACGUGAAGGAUGACCAGCACCUACGAACGGAAGCAGACUGCGACGAGCCAAGUAUCUGCCGUUCCAUGUUUGUGCCAAACCACACUUCUAAUGUCUUGCAUUUCCUGGUGUGCUUUUCUAUGAACCCGGACCUCAUCGAUCUCACGGAGGAGGCUGCAUCAAGGAUGUUCAGUCGUCAAAUUGGUUUCUACAAUAUUUACAUGGUGUUUCUGAUCGUGGUGCCACAAACGAUUGUGGUGGUAGAGCUCAAAUUGCCUGGUAACAAUCUGUACGCUGAUAAAGAGCUGGAAGAACUAAGGGCCAUUUUCUGUCACACAAGCAUUCGUGACGAGACUCCGAAGAACAACCUCUGGCAGUCAGCAAGCUCCAGAAACCUCCAAGCACCAUCAGUCAAACGUCCCGGUCAGAGAAUUCUCAACGCACCUUAG